UUCUGCAUUGCAGUCGCGCGCGAGUUUCUCUUGGCGGCUGCACGGACGCGAGAAUUUUCUUGUUGUAAGUACUAAAUUAAAGAAUGCAACCAGCUUGAAAUAUGGAGAUACGUGCGCAGUUAGAUUCAGAGCCUUGUCUGGGAGCUGGGUGGAGCCUCCGUUGUAGCGAUUCAACCGAAAAAGAUGCUGUCCUUGGCACUCGAAGGAAUUCUUUUCUAAGCGCAGGUGUCUCGAUGGAUUGCCAGAGUUCCAACAUUUUUACUCGUCACAUGCGGGCUUUCUGUUGCCGGUAGACGCGCACAAGUUUCAGUAAGAGCAACUGCAGUGCGGCUCUCUUCCAAGUCCGACGUUAUUUUCGUGGUGGAGGGAUUACUGGCGGCACUCGUUUCGUCGAAGCCUCCUAACGGGAAACGAAGGAAAGAACGAUGGGUCAUCAACGUACCCUCCUGGUGGUCAUCUUCCUGUGCGCCUUCAUUCGCGGUCGCUUGGGUGUUCUUCAGGCUCCCUGUUCCUUCAACCCUCUGUGCGUGUGCGUAGAAGAUCAGGACCUGAUGCGUGACGUCCAGUGCAUCGGCGUCCCCUUCUCCACGUUUCCCGUCGACAUUGGGGACUGUGAGAAUGGACAGGUGACGUUGGCUAAAUCUGGUCUGGAAGUGCUGCAGAACGACUCGCUGGCCGGCACGAGGUUAUCCACUCUCCGACUGAUGCACAACUCCCUAAGUCGCAUCUUCCCGUGCGCCUUUUGCGGCGCUGAGGAUCACCUCGUGUCACUCGAUCUCAGCCACAACCUCCUGAGGACGCCACCUCUGCACCAGUUGCGCAAACUGCGCCACCUACAAUGGCUCAACCUCCAAGGUAACCUGGUCGAAGAUGUCCGUCGCGGAGAUUGGGAACAUUUCUCGGAAAGCGUGGCCCUCCGAAGUCUCUUUCUCGGCGGGAAUCGAAUCUCUUUCCUGAGGGACAGAGCCUUGUGGAAUCUCUCUCAUCUCACUGUGCUCGAGUUGGACAAGAAUCUUAUCCGGGAAAUCGUCGGGCAACCCUUUCCGUCGAAGCUUACGAGAUUGAACCUCGCCAACAACCUGCUGGAGGAAGUUCCUCGCAACGCUCUGCGACACCUGGCAUCCCUGUCCGAACUGUUCUUGGGCGGCAACCGUCUCAAGACCGUCCCUUCGUCCUGGUUCCUCCCGGUACGUCAGCUGGACAAACUCGACCUCAGCCGCAAUCUCAUGGAUCGUCUGCCGGAAAAACUCUUCAACGGCUCCGUCUACAUCCAGGACCUUCACCUGGAGUUCAACUUCCUCACUCAGCUUCCAGAGGGACUCUUCCGAAGCGUCUCCGUUCGUCGUCUGUCCCUCGCGAACAACCGUCUCUCCGUCAUCCCCGACCACGCGUUGGGAGGUCUCGAGUCUGUCCUGCUGGUACUAGACCUCAGCUUCAACCUCUUCCAGGACUUCCCGCCCGCCGUGAGGGCACUCACGUCUCUGGCGACCUUGUAUCUGAGGGGAAACUCUUUGCGGUCGCUGUCUCCCGCGGACUUGAACAGUUUUCGCGCCACCUUGGGCGUGCUCGACUUGUCCGGUAAUAAAUUCGUCGGAGUACCGCGAAGUGCCUUACGGAAAACGCUGCGCCUGUCGAGGCUCAGCUUGCAAGACAAUCUCAUCGAGGUAUUGUGGCCGGACGAUUUCGCUGGCUGGGGGGAGAACUUGACGACGCUCAGCCUGGCGAACAACGGGAUACGGAUUCUCUCCCGGAACACGUUCGUACAUCUCAGAGACCUCAGGGAGCUCAAGUUGUCGUUCAACUCGAUCCAUUUCGUCGACUAUCAGGUUUUCCUUCCACUCAAAGCCACGCUCGAAGUAUUAGAGUUGAGUUCUUCCCUAGGACAGAGGUUCUUCCCGUUGGAACUGAUCCGUCACAUGAAGCGGGUGCGAUGGUUGCAGCUCGAUCAUAAUCAGAUGGAGAACCUGACCGAUUCUUAUCUCCAGGGUCUUCCUUCCUUGAAUCACUUUGAUCUCGAAGGGAACCGUAUCGGCCAUAUCACUCCGGGUUUCUUCAAGGAUAAGAUACACCAAAGACUGAACCGAAUAGUUCUCGCCCACAACGAACUGACCGCGAUACAGACAUCGACGUUUCGGAACUUGACGGGCCUCCACAAUGUUGUCCUCUUGGGCAACCACAUAGAGGUUCUAAAGCGUGCAAGCUUCAAGGACCUGCCGAGGCUACACUCUGUGGUCCUGUCGCGCAACAGGAUCAAAGAGAUAGAGGCGUCCGCGUUCCAGAACCUUCCUUCUCUGUCCAACUUGCUGAUGCAACACAAUAAUUUGACAACGUUCAGCCUGAAUAUUUUCAACAAUGUGAGCAGUAAAAGAAGUCCCUUGUAUGUUAACGUGUCACAUAACGCUCUCGUGCGUUUAGAAUCGUUCGAGGGAUACGUGGACGCGAACGAAUCAGCCAGUUUUCCUUUGAGAACUCUGGAUGUGAGUUAUAACAGACUGUCGGAUAUCGAAGCAGGCUUUUUGGCAACCGUUGGACAGCAUUUAUCGACUCUAUCGAUCACGAAUAAUAACUUCGAGAUUCUAGACGAUAUUUUAGUAGAGCUAAACAACCUACAAGCCUUGCAAGCGGAUCAUAACUUCGUAUCGAACUUGACGCUUGAAACGUUCGAAGGCACGCCACGUAUUCAAGCGAUCGGUCUGGGACAUAAUACGAUAAGCCGUAUCGACGAUUAUGUUUUUGCGAACCUUACACGCCUGAGGACUUUAGAUCUGAGUCAUAACCUUAUCUCCCACAUAUCAGAAACCGCCUUUGAAGACACGGCUUUAGAGAGAUUGAACCUGUCCCACAACAGGCUGUCGACUCCGUGCACUGCAGCUCUGUUACCGACUCAACGUACGCUUCGAGCGUUGGACAUCGCUGGUAACAGACUUUCCGAACUUUCCGAAAGAACCUUCGAGUACCUUCAUAACCUAUUAGCGUUGAAUCUCUCGACGAAUCGCAUCGUGUUCGUCGACGACGACGCGCUCCGUGGCCUAGAGAAGUUGCUGCACUUAGAUCUGAGCGGUAACCCUUUGUUUAGGCUUAACGAGAUCGCCUUCCACGCGUUAAAAUCUCUCGAGACGCUAAGCCUAAAGAACUGCAGCCUGGGAAGGCUGCCAGUGUUGCCAAUGAAACGUCUGGUGGAGUUGAACGUAGCGGAGAACUUUCUCUUCAACGUGUCAUCCGACGCGUUCGUUCAUCUGAGGAGUUUGAGGCGCCUAGACGUGUCCAAGAACCUUCUGGAAGAAGUGCCCAAGCAUUUGUGGGAGUGUGUGCCGUUCUUGAGGUCCCUGGAUUUGUCCAAUAAUCCCAUCGAGUUUUUGAGCGUGGACAGCUUCAGUGGUGUGAGAAGACUGCAGGAGUUGGACAUUCGCUACCUGCAGUUGAAGUUCCUCGAUUCCAGGACACUGCAUGGGCUCAAGAUGCUGACGACGUUCCUGACAACAACGUACGCCGGGGUUAGGUCGUUCAGACUUCAGGAACUCCUGUCGCACUGCAGCGCCCUCAAGAAGGUGUCCGUUGAAGUGGAAGAGACUGUGUUGUCCUACCAGCUUCAGUGGGCCUUCAAUGGAGCUAAGAUAUCCGAACUGACGGUUACAGGGCGCAAGCUACGAGCUGUCUUUCCAGAUGCUUUAUUAGGCCUUCAUCGCGUCCAUGAGCUGGUGCUUCGCCUAACGGGCACCAGCAUCAGCCGUCUUCCAGCAGGAUUACUGCGCUACCUGGCGGACGUCCGCUACUUGACACUGGACCUCCGGAAAAACCUCCUGCAGACGAUGGGACCUGAGGUCUUGAGACCCGCUAGAGACGAACCAGGGAUCUGGCGGGGAACUCAGCACCUGGCAGGAGGCAUCCGGCUGGAGGGGAAUCCGUGGAUCUGCGACUGUCGUCUCCUGUGGCUGAGUCAGUGGCUACGACGCUGGUUGCGGGAAACCCUGCGCGUGCAGACUUUGCACUUUGAUGCAGCCAUUUAUGUGCACAACUUGGCCAGGCAGAGCGAGUGCACCGUUCCUGGCACUCAGACCAGGAUGCCGAUCAUUGACCUCGAAGGGGACGACCUCGGCUGUACUAGUGGAUCGUCACGGUCAGCAAUACAUAUCGGAGCCAGUAUUGCAGCAUGGGCCACUCUCGUGGUUUGGUUGCUCGAAAACGGGUGAACCUGAUGUUGCGAGGCUAGGUUGGACAUAGCCAGUGAGGGUGCCAAAUGAUCUCGUGCCAAAGCAACCUUCGAGAGAGUACCACAUCUCUUGAACGCAGCAUUUGGAACAAGUAUUUGGACUGCAAGCAGUUUUGCCGUGCCUGCGAGUGCCAGUGCAAUGUGUCAUCGUUCAGAAUGCUCACAGCCUGUACAUAAAGUACAUUCAAACAUGA